AUGGGAGCGUGGCGCGGAGAUGCCGAUGCUGGGCAGACUGCUGCAUUGGCUCUAGUUGCUCCUGAGAAUCAGGCGGAACUCGUUGAACAGGAUGAGGACUUGGAAACCACCGUGGCGAAGAUUUCCUUCCAAAUGGAUGAGGCCGAGCUGGCGGACACGCCCUGGCGCCGUGCGGGAACCAACCUGUCCGACUUCUUCAACUUCGGGAUGAGCGAGGAUGAGUUCAAGGAAUACGUGAUGCGCCGUGGGGUCCGGGUGCGGCUGGAGGCCAAGGGCCGCCGGAAGAUCGAGCGCCUGGAAGGGGGGCGCCGGCGGGACUGA